AUAUCUUCCUAAUUCAUAUUUCGUUCUUGGUCCGCCAUCUGAUCGGGUUAAUCCCAUCAUUGGUGCUCUCAUUGAGAGAAACUGAGAGAUAAGGCUAUGAGAUUAUGGCCGGACGAAGGACGAGACGUAACCCUGCUACUUCUGCUCAGUCGACGGUGAGGAGUGACAACCCUGAACAGGGUAUGAUUGUUCCUGUCAAUGGGUUGGAAACGGCGCUAAAUAAUGUGGCUAACAUGAUGGCCAACAUUAUGGAGCGAUUGGAUAAGGCUCUUCCAGAGCUCCAUGAUCCGGAGGAGGUUGAAAGGGAAAGGAGAGCCAUUGACAGACGCCGGGCGGAGGAAUUGGCCCGAAAUAACAAGGUGAACGAAGGCCAGGCUAAGGAUCCAAGCCGGAUCUUCGGCGAUGGACACGAAAACCCGCGGGGAUCUGUCUUUGAAAGGAUAUCUCACCAGAAGCUCACGUUAGUGAGAGGCUGGGGAAGAAUCCGGAAAAGGCACCCCAGGGUUGGAUACGACCCCAGGCCAGCCAGGUGGCAUCUUCCAAUCGCGAACCCCGGCAGCGAAACGACCGAGGCGCGAGCCAAGUGCCGGUCCGGUCAUUACGGAACCUGGAGGAGGACGAAGUUCAAAGCCAAGCCAGGAUCCCAGCACCACGGCGUCUGGGACCGCCAGUGCCGGAAGUUGGGAUUCAAAAUGCCAUUUGUCAAGCGUUAUGACGGCGAGUCAGACCCCCAAGAGCACAUAAAUAACUAUGUCCAAGUGGUGAUCGCCGUGGACGCCAGUGACGCACUCAUGUGUCGGUGCUUCUUGCAGACCGUUGAUAGCAAGGUUGCAGACUGGGUCAACCAUAUCCCUGCCGGAUCAAUCCGAACAUGGGAUGAAUUGGGACUACGGUUCCUAGAGCAUUUUGCCGGGAACUGCCGUCCCAAGAAGCAUUUCACUCACUUGGCAUCAGUGCGACAGAAGCAUGGUGAAUCCUUGAAGAAUUUCCUUAUCCGAUGGAGGAAAGAGUCCAGGGAGGUUGAAGGAACUGAUGAUAAAUCCAGGUUGGCUAUGUUCACGGCGGCAUUACAGGAUGGACUCCUUCACACCGAUCUCACUACUCAUCCCCCGGAUACCUUCGAAGAAGCGAUGGUCCGGGAAGGGAGGUAUGUGACCCUGGAAGAAAGAAAGGAGGAGAAGAAGGAGAAGACUCCUAAAGAAGAAGAGAAGACGGGGAAUAAGAAGCCGUUAAAGAAUAAGAAGCAAGGCUUCCCGGACGGCCCAAAGGGUGCAAGUCCCGGGACCUCGGAGAAGCAUAAAUCUGCCAACCCGGUCUUCACAUUUCCAGUGGUUGAGGUCAUGGCCCAUGCUGCACAGCAGGGACUUAUGACUUACCCAACCUAUUCUCAGAAGGUCUGCAAUGUGGAAGACACUGGAAAACGAGAUAAAGAAGUGGCCCAAGCUGAGGCCCGGGAGAAACGCCACAUCGGGCUUGAAGACGAAGAGGAGGAUUCGGAACCCGCACCGCAUCGCCAGAAGAGACACCACGGGUGUAAUUUCAUCAUUGGAGGGAAUACUGGUGGGGACUCGGCCACUAGCCAGAAGAAGUGGGCUAACGCGGCAGUGGUCAACAAGGUGCUGGUCCUGGAAGGUAAGAAGUUGAAAACCGAGCCUAUUGUAUUUUCUAAUGCUGAUCUUCCAGAGACAAGGGUCCCUCAUAGGGACGCCCUAGUAAUUACUAUUGAUAUAAUGGACUUACUGAUCCACAAAACCCUUGUGGAUACGGGAAGCUCCGUUAAUAUUAUGUAUAUGGAUACGUACAAGGCUCUCGGUUUGACAAGAGAUGAAUUAUCACCCAUCAAGACUCCACUAACUGGGUUCACUGGUGACUCUAUUGAGCCGGAGGGGGUAAUAACCCUCCCGGUUGAGAUAGGGGAUACUAAGGCAACCCGGAAGCUGGACAUGGAGUUUGUCGUGGUGGGGAUAAUCUCCAACACGAACAUUAUCUUGGGCCGACCCGGAUUGGAAGAUUUGGAGUGUGUUAUUUCACCUCGUCACCUGUGCAUAAAAUUCCCAACCCCCCAUGGAGUUGGAAUUGCCAGGGGAUCUCAGAGAGUAUCUCGGGCAUGGUAUUUGAAGGCAACCAAACAGCCGGUCAAGUACGAUACCCAAAUAGGAGAAGUAACUACGCAGCUCCUGAGGGCAGAGGAAAAACGUCCCAGAGUAGAAGUUGCCGGCGACAUUGAAGAGGUGGAACUGGAGCCAGGCACGCCGGGAAGGUUUGUCAGGAUUGGUAAGGGGCUGGGGGCUGAACUCAGCCCGGCGGCUUCUGCCCGGAUGACCAAGUGGGCGGUCUUUAUUAGUCAAUACAACGUGGAAUUCAGGCCGCGCCCAUCCAUCAAGGGGCAAGCACUCGCCGACUUUCAAGUCGAGUGCACCGCUAGAGAAGUGACAAGAGCCCAGGCUGAAACCCGGGUGGAAAAGGACUGGUGGAUAAUGAGCAUUGAUGGAUCUUCUGGGUCUCAAUCUUGCGGAGCAGGUAUCGUCUUGAUCACCCCAGAAAAAUUCCGGAUUUAUUACGCUAUCAGAUUUCAGUUCCGUGUGUCCAACAAUGAAGCUGAGUAUGAGGCCCUGAUCAAUGGUUUGAAAAUUCUACGUAAGAUGGGAGUAUCCAGGGUUCAGGUUUACACCGACUCUCGAUUAGUUGUGGGACAAAUCACGGGGGCAUUUGAAGCAAAGGAAGAGAGGAUGAAAAGGUACCGGGACUUGACCUUGGAGGUGUUGGGAAAGUUUGAGUUUAAGCUUGAACAUAUUCCCCGAGCCCAGAAUGCGGAGGCUGAUGUUCUCUCCAAGCUCAGCGCAGAGUCACCGGAAUACAUAAGCAAGUUAGCAACCAUUGAAGAGCUGGUAACCCCUAGUCUUAACAGCAGUGAAGUGAUCUGGGUAUCGGCUGAUCCCCCGGAAUGGCUGGAUCGGUUGGCCAAAUAUAUUGAGGACGGUGAAUCCCCGGAGGAUCCCCAGGAAGCACGUCUAUUACGAAUGAGGGCACCAACCUACAAGGUACAGGACGGAGUCCUCUAUAAGCGGUCCUACAACGGAGUUCUACUCCGCUGCCUUAGAGCAACAGAGGCGAAGGCAUUGAUGGAAGAAAUACACGAAGGAGUAUGUGCUGCACAUCAGGGUCCUUAUUCCAUUUCCAGGAGGGCUAUCAUCCAGGGAUAUUUCUGGCCAACGAUGAGGAAGGAUUGCGAAGAAUAUGUACGCAAGUGCCCGACCUGCCAGCAAUUCCAGAAUAUACCGGGGAGGCCAGCCACGAACUACACACCUGUUAGCUCUGUGAUUCCCUUCUCAAGAUGGGGGAUUGAUCUUGUGGGAGCCCUGCCAAAAGGGGCAGGGCAGGCAAGGUGGAUUGUGGUGGCGAUAGACUAUUUCACAAAGUGGGUGGAAGCUGAGCCACUUGCAGGGAUCACCGGAAGGCAGAUGAUCGACUUCGUCGGAACCAAUAUACUCUGCAGGUUUGGGGUCCCGAAGCAGAUCAUAUCAGACAAUGGAACCCAGUUUGAGGAAGCAGAAUUUCAAGACUUUCUCAAAACUUGGGGAAUUCAGCACACGAAGGUGUCUGUUGCGUACCCUCAGGCUAAUGGACAAGUGGAGAACGUCAACAGAACAAUCAUAGACGGAAUAAAGAAGAAGCUACUUUCAGAAGGAAGCAAAUGGGUAGAUGAACUACCCAGAAUCCUGUGGACAUACAGGACGACUCCGAGGAAAGCCACGGGUGACACUCCUUUUGGCUUGGCUUAUGGUUUUGAAGCCCGGGCUUCCGCUGAAGUAGUAAUCCCCACCAGGAGAGAAAUGGAAUAUGACCCGGAGGUGAACGAGCAGAAUCAGGCCGUAGAGCUGAAUUUCGUAGAAGAACGAAGGGAUGAAGCACGUAUCCGGGCAGAGAAUUAUCGUCGCCAGGUGAAAUCUUACUUUGAUAGCAAGGUGAAACCAAGGGCAUUCCAGGUGGGGGAUUAUGUUCUGAGGAAACGAGAGAAGAGUCAACCAACUAAGGGUGGGAAGCUGGCUAAGAAGUAUGAAGGACCUUAUAUCAUCAAGGCCGUUGUUCGCCCAGGUACCUACAAGUUGGUGACUCCCAAGGGGAAAGAAAUUGAUAGGACAUUGAAUGUAGAGCACUUGGUCAAAUUUUAUCAGUGAAUCAUUUUGUAAAAAUGCUCUAUUUUUAAUUUAAAAUAUUUGUUUCAAUCAAAUUCUUCUAUAGCCAAGUGCCUUUGCAAUUUCAUUGUUCUAUAGAUUUCUUAAAAAAAAAAAGGGAGGGAAGCACCCCCGGGCUAUAUAGACCCGCUUUACAGGGAGGUAAAAAAGUUUAUGCCACCUGCUAAAAAUAGGGGAGGUAGAUAAGUUUAUGCCCCCCCGGAGGUAGAGAAGUUUAUGCCUCCGUCAAAAAUGAAGGAAGGGUUGGGAU